CGGUUUGAAAGUUGGACGCGAUCGGUCACGCAGUAUUAAAGAAGCAUGCGAACCGAAUGUGUUGUUGUCGGGAUAGUGUAUAUGUACAUGGCAUACGCACCACAGGCACAAAGUGUGAUCACUUUUCAUUGCAACUCUCGUUCAACUGGGAAAUAUGACGAACCAACCAUUUUUGAUAGUGUUUUUAUAACGCCAGAAACCGUAUACUCAUUCGAAUGUCCUGCCGAUGGUGAUAAUGGACGAGUCCUAUCAUAUGAAGAUGAUAUUGAACAUGACAACAUAAAGUUUGUAAACUCAGUGAUGGCCGAAAUUCCAUCCCAAAUUUUUCUUUUCAGCCCACGAAACCUAUCCCUUGUUCAGUGCGGCAUUAAAAGAAUGAAUCGUAGUCUGGAAUAUGCGUAUGAGCUAAGUGAAUUAAAUCUGGCACAGAACAAUAUAACGGAACUUACAAACGAUGCCUUCGAUCAUCAUUACCGUCCGCUAUUAACGCUCAAUCUUACUGCAAACUCCAUCAGCGUCAUAGAGAGUUUCGCCUUUGUAUUUCUGCCUUCACUUACGGUGCUUCUAUUAGCUCAAAACAAAUUGCAAACGUUGCCCGGAAACGUAUUUACCCCCUUGACGGUGCUCAGUACCAUAAAUCUCGCCAGCAACGAACUGCGUGUACUGGAGGAGGGUCUGUUCUCAACAAAUGCACAUCUCACCACAAUCCAGCUUCAAAAUAAUCAAAUCAACACCGUCGACGAAAACGUAUUUUACAACGAAGCCGAUAGCCAACUUUCUAGCUUAGAGUACAUUAUACUUAGCGACAAUAACAUAACAGAGAUUAACAUUCCCAACGUAAGGGUACCCAAUCUCAUACUAAACAACAACAGGAUCACGCACAUCCACAUAUCAUCCAAAGUGCACUAUCUGCAAGCUGAAAAUAACCGAAUAUCCUCCAUCACGUUCGAUAACGUGUCAGAAGCCGAACUGCAGCAAUUGAAACUAAAGAAUAAUUCGAUAUCUUCUCUUGACGUCCACACGGCCACAUUAGAUGUUCUCAAAAAUCAAACACAUGUAAAAGGUGUAUACUGUAUAGAAAAUCCGCACAAGGGUCACAGCAACGAUUGGAUCGUCGCAGUGCUACUGGUGAAUGGAUUGAUGCUAAGUCUGUUAUUUGUCAGUCUGUACAACAAAUACUACCGCUCACGAACAGUUCAGAGAAAUCAAAAAGAGAAUUCAGGUUUGACGACGAUCGUUGACCAUUAGAUAUAAUGUGUUUGCGACAAACAACGCAACACAACGGUGACGUUUAAGGUGUUCUCGAAGAACAGUCAAGACUAGAAGACAAGUAGUUCAGAGUGAGAUGAUCGUUAUCAUUUUGAAUGCACCGUACCGCACUAUUAUCACCUUUUGUUUAAUCUUAGAAGAACGGACCGGGCCGUAUUUAUUGUUCUUAAAUCCUAAAUUCUAAAUUACCCGACUACUACGUAAUUAUCAUAGAAAACAAGAGCCCCAAAGAGCUAAAUUAUGUUAAUUAAUAUUUUGUUUGAUAGCCUAACCGUGUAUUGGUUGGCUAAUACAUGACGAAACGCUGUACGACACGAAAUGCUGUACGAGAAUCAUAAAUUUCAACCAUCCACUGUAACAGAAACAUCACCAAAGAAACGUAGCGUUUCUCAUGAAAAGCGCCAAGCUAGGGGCCAUGUAAGCAUUGAGUGAAUAAAUAUGAAGAGAAAUGAUUUCUUUUAAAACU